GGAGGAGAGGACACAUGGAAGAUGACGAAUUGCAAGCACAUGAAAGAGACUCUAAAAUCAAUCAGACUCGAGGUCAAAGCGAAGCAGAGCGGUGAAGACGACGCCGACGAAGAUAAUGAUGGAGGAGGAGAUGCUGCAUUUCACAGCGAAGAUCGUAUUGGCGGUGGUUUUAGGCGGAGCGCUGGCGCUGCUUGCAAUGGUGUAUAACGUGCUGUUGUUGAAGCCGUCGAGGCUGAGAGCGAAACUUCGCCGCCAAGGCGUCCGAGGCCCGUCGCCUUCCUUCCUCUACGGGAACAUUCCAGAAAUGAAGAGAAUCCAAUUCCAGGUUCAAUCCAAUCCGAUCGCAAUCGCAGGAGAUCGCGAAUCUCGAGGUGGCGCCGUAGUUCAUCACUGGCCUCCCGCCGUCUUCCCCGACAUCGAGCAGUGGAGAAACGAAUACGGGCCAAUUUUCACAUAUUCUACUGGAAACAUACAAAUACUGUGCAUAACAGAUCCAGAGAUGGCAAAGGAAGUGAGCCUCUGCACCUCUCUGAGCCUGGGCAAACCUUCCUAUCUAUCCAAGGAAAGGGGGGCUCUGUUAGGAGAAGGAAUUUUAUCAUCAAGUGGACGGUACUGGUCUUAUCAGAGGCAUAUCAUUGCUCCAGAAUUCUACUUUGACAAGGUUAAGGGUAUGGUGAGCCUAAUGGUGGACUCAACAACUGUGAUGCUUAAAUCUUGGGAGAGUAAAAUUGUAUCAGGGGGAGGAAAUGCUGAAAUCAAAGUUGAUGACGACAUGAGGAUUUUGUCUGCAGAUAUAAUCUCAAAAGCUUGUUUUGGAAGCAACUACUCUCAGGGAGAGAGAAUAUUCUUAAAGCUCCGAGCCAUUCAAAAGACCAUGUCCAAGGGACACAUCGGGGUCCCUGGAUCGCGGUUUCUACCAACCAAAAAUAAUAGGAAGAUGUGGAGAUUGGAGAGAGAGAUUUACUCAAUGAUAUCAAAGAUGGUUAGAAUACGCAGUGAGGCCAAAGGUGAGAAAGACCUUCUACAAAUGAUACUGGAUGCUGCCAAGCGUCAUGAAGACAACUCUAGCCUGUGGUCUAGAAUUAAUUCAGACAAGUUUAUAGUGGACAACUGCAAGAAUAUAUACUUUGCUGGCCAUGAGACCACAGCCAUCUCAGCAUCAUGGUGCUUGAUGUUACUGGCUGCAUAUCCAGAGUGGCAAGAUCGAGUUCGUUCAGAGGUGCUUCAGAUCUGUGGGGAGAAACUUCCUGACGCUGAUAUGCUUCCAAGCAUGAAAACUCUAACAAUGGUGAUUCAAGAGACGUUGCGCCUUUAUCCACCUGCAGCAUAUUUAGCACGAGAAGCCUUUCAAGAUAUCGAUUUUAAAGGCUUCCAAAUUCCAAAAGGCACGACCGUCCAAAUCCCAGUGGCUGUUCUGCAUCAUCAUCCAGAGGUAUGGGGACCGGACGUGCACCAGUUCAGGCCAGAAAGAUUUGCAAAUGGAACUCUUGGUGCUUCAAAAAUUCCACACACUUUUAUGCCAUUUGGAGUUGGGCCCCGCACCUGUUUAGGGCAACACUUUGCCAUCUCAGAAUUGAAGGUAAUUUUAUCUCUUAUUCUAUCAAGGUUCAGCUUCACUCUCUCCCCGGCAUAUCAACACUCCCCUGCGUUCAGCUUAGUUAUAGAGCCUAAAGAAGGAGUUAUCCUGCAUGUAAAGAGAGUCUGACUGUUUCUCCCUCCUUUGUAACAGCAUGGUUCUUGGUUGUCAUAUAAAUCUAUUCCCUGAGUUUUCCAAACUUAA